AUGCCGGCGCAAGCUCUCGCAAAGCUCGAUGCCGUGAGCAAACUCGUUGGCAAGCUGACCAAGGAUAUGGGAAGCCUCUCCAUGGCCCCAAAAGACCGGAAUCAUGCCCUCGAGGAACUAAAGAUUUAUGGCCGCGAUCCCCGCAACGCAGAUCCCAUCUUUACGAAAGAGGGCAUAUCCAUGUUACUCGCAUAUGCCUUCAAUGACAAGGCGCCAAGCGAAACCUCGCGCGGCGCGCUCAGAGUUCUUGCCAAUUCAAUGGUGCUCAAACCCGAAACCAGGCAAAUGUUUGUCAACAGCGGAUAUGCGACCAAAGCAUGCAAACGACUCGGUACAGACAGUUGGGACGAUGAGUUCCUCCUCUCACGCAUCCUCUUCCUCUCAACGUACAGCGACGACAAAAUCAAGCUAUCUCCCUUGAUCAAAGAGCAUGGUCUCGCUACCAGUAUCAAUGCGAAUAUUGGCCGACAUGCAAAGCUGAAAACGGCAAGUAGCCUGGCCGCUGCUGGGCCAAUGGAGGAGAUGGCUCUGCCUGAGACGCUCAAGCUUCUCUACAAUGUCACAUAUUUCUGCCCAGAGGAAGCCUCGGCAUUCGAGCCUUCGGUGCCGCAGAUCAUUUCUAUACUUUGCGACCGUAAACUGCCGAGCUCAAAGGUGUUGAAUCCACCAUUUGGUCCCCUUGUCAAUUCCCUGCUCUACUUGGACCUGGCAGUAAAAACUUCCCAUUCAGCCUUGUUUCCCAGCGGCGAGGAGACGAAACUGGGCUCCAAGUUGAUCGAGAUACUAGACAGGGCGAUGAAAGAAUACUCCAGUCAAGACUUAGACGCCACUGUCACUCCAGUAGUCAAAUUUCUACUAGAGGUAUACAACCUCGGGCCAGAGUCUGUUCAGAAGAAGCUUCGCGAUGGUCUUUUGCCAACUUCAGAGGAUCGUCAAAAUGUGCUGGGAAAAGGUUCAUCGCUAUCAGCCCGUCUCCUCAAGACCUCUACAGAUCCCUUGGCUCCCAACCUCGGACCAGUCAUCUCACACCUUUUCUUUCUCAUGUCGAACAAUGAUGCCUCCAAGUUUGUGGAAAAUGUCGGCUAUGGAUACGCUUCUGGAUAUCUCUUUCGGAACAAUGUGCCAAUGCCUGCAUCUGCAAAGGCCACGUUCGAUGCUACAGACGAAGGUGGCAGCCAGCGGCCUGUGAACCCCAUCACUGGCCAGUUCAUUGAUAGAGAAGAGCGCGACGAUCUGCCUCCAAUGACCGAGGAGGAAAAGGAGCGAGAGGCCGAGCGUCUCUUUGUUCUGUUUGAGAGACUCAAGAAGAACGGCGUCCUCAGCGUACAAAAUCCUGUGGAGCAGGCUGCACGGGAGGGAAAAUUGCGUGAACUCAGAGACGAUGAAGUAGAGGAGCUCGAUUGA